AUGACCUGCACAACGCUAGUUAACAUGUGCUCUGAGUGCAGCAAGCAGUACGCCGGCAUCCGCCAGAGAACCCUGGAUCACACAAUCGGAAUACAACCAGGCCUCUAUCCCAUUGCCUUUCGAGCCGAGUUCUCGAAAUAUGAAGUCCCAUUUGACUAUGCUUUAUUGCUGGCGGAACGUACACAGGAUACAUUAUAUGAGAUCUUCGGCCAUGAUAUCCCUGUUAUCGGGUGCAGCAGCAUUCCUGACUCCUUUUAUGAUGACAGGGUAUGGGUGUCUAUCCUGAUUGAGUUUCCAGAAGAGGAUAAGGAGAUCAUAAUGAAGAUGUUUGGCGGAGGUACGGGCCUUGUUGAAGGCUGGGAGUGCUUGACGCCGAAGGGUUGUCCAAGUGCGUUCUAUUUGGAGUGGCAUAAGGACCCUGUGGGAUUCGGAAUUGAGGUAUGA